CUUGCAGUCUUUUGGUCCCCGCGAAGCUAUGGAAGACUAAAACAUGCUAGGGCGGUGCACUAUAUAUAUGUACAUCCAUACUAUGUAAAUGUGUGUACACUAGACGAUCCACCGGCCGACCGAGUCCAGAAUUCGGGUUUCUAAGACAGUCGGUUUGGUUGGGCGACUCCACACCCUCCGAAAGUGAACGGAUGGAUAUCUGGGGUUUUGCGCAGCAACCGCUUAUCUCGCGCAAAGCGCGCUUGCCUAUAGCGGUGUCUCAUUCAAGAAUGCGUUUUUUUUUUUUUUUUUGUCAGAGAGAAGUUGUUUUCUGGUUUUUCUUUUUCUUUUUUUUUGUUCCCUACCAUUUUGACUUUUAUUUUAUUUUGUUUUAUUUUUGCUUUUUUCUCUCUCUGUCGCAUCGUUUCCUUUUCUGGCAUGACCUGAUUCGAUUUUCCGCCUCAUUUGCUGUCCCUUUCUUCCUUACAGUUUUUUUCUUUCAUUUUCAUUUUUAUUUUUUUUUCUUUUCUUUUUUUCCCCACACCUUUUCCACCGUCGUUCUCACUCAUUCGCAGGACCAAAAUCCUAAUCCUCCGAUUGAACUAGAUCUGACUAAUGACGUUGCGAUAGAAUUGCUUUUAUCGGACUGCCAACAUGUAAUCAACACAAACGCACUUCCGAGACCGUCCUGCCUAGUCUGACUGAAUAGACCCAUAAAAAUCAGAGACACCAAGGCCGAAUCCUGACCUUGCCCACCGUGCACGAAAGCAUCACUAUUGACUAGUGAUGAUCCACUAGUCAACGGGGCA